AUGGCUCCAGAGUUACUUGAUAAUCCUGACGACCUCAGACUUUACGCUGUGGAUACCUCCGAAGACCUUGACGACCUCAUCGAUGCAGCGUACAAUACUGAUCCGAUGGCAAAAAAGGUGGUGAAAGCCUUGCUAAUCCAAAGUUUGUGGCCAAAGACCGUGAAGCGUUUCAUGCGAGUAUCUUUUGGUGACUGCGAAUUGCGGGAUGGCCGUGUUUUCUACCAUAACAAGCUAUUUAUCCCCGCAAACGAUCACCUCCGCUCCCAGAUCGAAUAUUGUACACACGCGCUCCCUGCCAGUGAUCAUCAAGGCGAAGCCAAGACGGCAGAACUGAUCAAAAGGCACUACUGGUGGCCAGGGUUGUACAGAGAGAUUGGAGGUUUCGUCGGGGCCUGCCACACUUGCAGAAGAGCAAAGGGACUGAAGGAGAGCCUCCAGGGCCUUUUACACUCUUUAACUGUGCCUUUCAGACCCUGGGCCAGUAUCUCAGUCGAUUAUAUCACCGGAUUGCCCGAAUGCUCAAGACAUGGAGUCGUCUACAAACACAUCUUCGUGGAAGACCACGAGCUAUACGCGAACACCAGGAGAGGCGAUGCCCCCAAGUACAAAAUCGGAGACUUGGUCUGGCUAAGCUCUGAGAAUAUCGUCACUCAGCGGCCCUCCAAGAAGCUUAGCGAUAAAUGGCUUGGCCCUUUCGCCGUAUCACGAACAUACAAAAGAGCAUGCGCUCUCGAGCUUGACAGACGGUUCAAUGGCAUCUUCCCUGUUUUUCACCACUCGUUGUUGCGACCAGUUGAGGAACCAAGGACAAGGGAGCAGGCCGAGAUCAAUAAGGACUCUCAAGACGACCAGGAGGGCCUUAUCAUUGUUCUGGAUAAACGAGGCCGCAUGCAGAGGAAGUGGAUAUUCGAUAAAGUUACCAAUAGCCGUAUGCACCAGAAGGAGGGGCUGCAGUAUUACGUCGAGUGGCAGGAUGGCACAGCAUCGUGGCAGCCUGCUCGCAACCUCCAGGGUUGUCACUGGAUACUGUACGAGUUUCACCGAAAUAACAAAGGUAAACCAGGACCUCCAGGGUGGUAUCGCAAGAAGGAAGCCCUAGAGUAG